UCCCAGGCGGCUCCGCAAGUCGGCGGCGUUUUUUGCAGGCGUGCAACAAUCCCUCUGGCAGCCCUGGCUCCUUUUAAAGCAGCGCUUCCCUCCUCGCAGUUGCUUUCUGCGCUUUUGCCAGGCAGCGCGUCCAACUCCCGCCUCUCCCUGCGCGCGAGGACCCUCCCUCCCCACUUCGGCGGCGCCGUCGUCCCAGGCCGCUGCGCGUGUUUCGCUCGCCGGGCUUCCCGCGCCUUCUUCCGAGGGAGCAAUGAAAGCCCUUCUAUGGCCUUCGGCGCUGAGCGGCUGGUGGCCGUGCCUCUUCUUGCUCCUGCUCCCGGGCAGCUCGGCUCAGUUCUUCGGGCGACGUUACGAAGAGCGGGCUUGCCCCGACCGCUGCGACCGCGCGCAGUGCCCAGAGGUGCCCGCCGAGUGCGCAGGAAGCGGGGAGGCGCUCGACUUCUGCGGCUGCUGCCCUGCUUGUGCCGCGCAGGAGGGCGAGUCUUGCGGGGGGUCGCCAUCCGGGGAGCCGUCGUGUGCCGAAGGGCUGCUGUGUGUGCUGUCGACCGGGGGACCCGGAGUGGCCGCUUCGGCCACCGUGCGCAGGCGGGCCAAAGCCGGCCGCUGCGAGUGUGCCAGUAAGGACCCGGUGUGUGGCAGCGACGGAAGGAGCUACGGCAACCUGUGUCAGCUGCGGGCUGCUAGCCGGCGCUCCAAAGUCCAGCAUCAGCCGCCCGUCAUCGCCAUCCAGCGGGGCGCCUGCGGUCAGGGUCAGGAAGAUCCUAACAGCUUGCGGUAUAAAUACAAUUUUAUUGCAGAUGUGGUGGAGAAGAUAGCACCAGCUGUUGUUCAUAUAGAAUUGUUUCACAGAUUGCCCUUUACAAAGAGGGAACUUGCUGUUGCCAGUGGCUCAGGGUUCAUAGUUUCUGAAGAUGGACUGAUCGUUACAAAUGCUCACGUGGUUACCAAUAAGAACAGAGUGAAAGUGGAGCUGAAGAAUGGUGUGACGUAUGAAGCUAAAAUUAAGGAUAUUGAUGAGAAAGCAGAUAUUGCACUAAUAAAAAUAGAUACUCAGGGAAAGCUUCCAGUUCUCCUUCUUGGACGUUCAGCAGAGUUACGGCCUGGUGAAUUUGUGGUUGCAGUUGGAAGUCCAUUUUCUCUUCAAAAUACAGUGACUACUGGGAUUGUUAGCACCACACAGCGAGGAGGCAAAGAACUGGGACUUAGAAACUCUGAUAUGGACUACAUCCAAACAGAUGCCAUUAUCAAUUAUGGAAAUUCUGGAGGACCUUUAGUGAACCUGGAUGGGGACGUGAUUGGUAUUAAUACUCUGAAAGUCACUGCUGGAAUCUCCUUUGCAAUACCAUCAGACAAAAUUAAAAAAUUCCUCACUGAAUCACAUGACCGACAAUCUAAAGGAAAAGCUGUAACUAGGAAAAAGUACAUCGGCAUUCGAAUGAUGUCUCUCACUCAGAGUAAAGCUAAAGAACUUAGGGAGCGCAAUGAAGACUUCCCUGACAUUAUUUCUGGAGCCUAUAUUACUGAAGUAAUUCCAGACACACCAGCUGAGAUAGGAGGCCUGAAAGAAAACGAUGUGAUUAUAAGCAUUAAUGGACAACCAAUAAUCUCAGCCAGUGAUGUCAGUGACAUUGUCAAAAGGGACAGUACACUUAGCAUGGUAGUACGCAGAGGGAAUGAAGACAUUAUUCUAACAGUUAUUCCCGAUGAAAUUGGCCAUUAAAUAGAAACAUGAGCUGGAUUUCAUGCUACAAGCACGCACUGGACUGUUUAUAUUAUCUCUGUGCUGGUACAGGAAACAGUAGAUUUUUGACCAACUAUCCACAUGUUCAGUGGUGUUUUAUUGCCGAAUAAAGUAAUUUUCCUAUAGGUACAAUGUUCAAGAUGAUACUUCAGCUGUUCUUAAUGUGUGCUAUGUAUUUUUUACUGGCUAUUCCAUCUGUUACUACCACUUUAGUAGUCAUCCAUUCUAUUCUGCAAGUUAAACCACCUGUAAAACGCACAUUGCAGUAUUCCAUUGUUUUAUAGCUUGAUUUUUCCUGAAGAUAUAACUCUUAAUAAGAAAGAUAAAUAGUGAAAAUAUUUGAAAUAAAUACUGACUUGUACAUGUGCAAGUCCUGAACCUAUGCUGAUUUUGUUUUAAAAAAAAACUACUGUAGUUUAAUUAAAGUACUUCCAGUUAUAUAUUUGUGUUAUUCCUGAUAAAAAUCCAUUGCCAUUUUUUUUCACACAAAGGGUAUUUUGAAGCUAAAAUACAGACAUUGAUUUUACUAUAUACUGUGUUCUUACUUCUCUUUAUUCUAUUAGGGGAUAGACGCUAAUGUUUUUAUUCAUAAUUUUCACAUAAAGGGGCAUGUUACUGUCCUUUAGUUCCAUCUAGGAUGCACUAUUGUGAAUGUAAGAAAUAUAGUAGGCUCAUGGUCUAACCUUUUUUCUAUCAUUAUUGUACAGGAUGUUUUCUGAUUGAGUUUACUUUUACAUAGUAUCAGAAGGCCGCUAAUUUGCUUCAUCAGCCGCCUAACCUCAAUAGCUCAGAGUGCAGUCAGCUGAUGGUUGAUUCCAGAUCUAUGAGCUAUUCAUGUGAUGCCUCAGUCGAUCCAUAAUAACAUAGUCUUCCAAAGUUAGUGUACUGAAAUCAUAAAAAUUCACAGCUUACAGUGAUAAUUCUUCAUACCACUAAUCUACAACUUUAUGGAAAGACACUGAUGUUCCAAGAAUCAUUAUAUUCUGUGAUUGUGCAAAUGCGUGAAAACUUUCCAUUCUUGUUAAUUUCUAAUACUAGAGCUCCUUGAAUGCUACAUCCCUAUCGUGAUUAUAUGUUAAUAGUUUGGUGUUUCUGCAGUUCAGCUGGAACAUGCCAAAUGACUGGAAGCAGGAAUCUGUGACUGCAGGCAUCUAUCUCAAAACAGUUUUGCAUUUCCAAUUAUUAGAUAGGACUUUAUUUCAUGAACACAUGAUAUUAGUACAGAGCUCCAUUGGGCUGUGUAAGAAGCUUAUUUCUAUACCCUUUCAUAUGAUUUGUCACUGAUGUGACCCAGUAUAAUGACUCAUAUUCUAGGAAUCUUUACUUUGUCAGAUAAAUGAGGGAAGUUCAGAUAUCUGAUAUACUGUAGCUUUGUUCCAUUCAUGCAUGAUGAUACCUGCCUAAUAAGCUAUAAUGCAUGAUAUUGGUAUGCAUGAGAAACAUGGCAAAGAACAGAUGUUUCUGAGGAUCAGAGUGUCUUCGUGUAUGCAUCAGUUUGCUUAAUAUAAUUAAUUAUUAAUAAGAAAUUGAAGCUCAAAACCCAUCGUAUAUAACUAUUAGAACAAAAAUAGUUUGCACUUGCUCUUGUAACCACUAUGAUACUGCAUAUUCAUAUACUAAUACUAUGCUUUUUUCUGGGAAACAUAUGGGACCUCAACAAUGUAAUACAUUUCAUUUUUCAGUUAAGAAUAAUAGAUAUACUUCUAAUCUUGUAGUUGUUUUUUUGUCUACUUUGGAUAAUAAUAGAAUUAAGCAUCCCCCCUCCCCCCCAGUUCUCAUUGAAUGUCAUAAUUUGCUUUAAAAAUUCUUCCAAAAGAGAAUUCAGGAGAAAUUCUCAUAGCUAAAAUGUGGUUUGUACUUGUUAAUGAAGCCAAAUAUUAUGUGUGAAUGUUAUUUUACAGUCUCCUCUCCAGUGGCUUCUCACAAUUCUAUUAAAUCCUAAUGGAAGAUAUAAUGAGGAAAUUGCCAUUGUCACUUCUAAGGGGUAGUCCUGCCCUUAAGAUACUGUUGGAAGUCCCCCCUCGCCCCCCGGGAGAAAUCUUCUCUUCAUCCUCAAACUUGGUAGAGAACUUUGUGGGGGCGUUUGUGCCUAACGUCACAUAGCAGCAUGAUAGCAUUAUAAUGUGGAUUUCAUCAUUACCAUGUUACUUAGCUGGGGCACAGGAGGCUGUUACCUGUUUAUUCUUAUAACUUGGGCAAUUAUUUUUAAUGAAUGCUGUUCUUUAUGAUUUGUACAUAUUUACUGCGCAAAUGAAAGAAAUCGGAACAGAUAAAUG